CCCGAAACAAAGACCGCGCCUUCUUCGAAACCCUAUCAUUCUCGAGUCGAGGCCAGUUGGAAUCCCUAGAACUCCUCCGGCCUCUCACCGGCGAUGGCCUCCUCCGAUGAGUGGAGGAACUGGGCGGAGCUUCCCCAUGACGUGCUCUCGGUGAUAUUCGGGAAACUUGGUGCUUUUGAAGUGUUGUUCCCGGCACAGUGGGUGUGCAGGGCCUGGAAUCGCUUCUCGCACGAGCCUGCGCUAUGGCGCUGCGUUGAUAUGAGAUUCCACGCCGAUAUGGUGAACGUGGCACCAAUGGAGGAGAUCGCCAUGCGCGCUGUCGAUCGUGCCGCUGGUCAGCUCGAGGGUUUCUAUGGCGAGAACAGCGGCUCCGAUGAGCUCUUGCGUUACAUCGCUGACAGAACUAAUUCAUUUAGAAGCCUUCGGUUGAGAUCUUGCUACAACAUCUCAGAUGAAGGUCUUAUUGAGAUGGCCAAUAGAUCCCCCUUACUGGAGGAGUUGGAGAUCACUCUUUGUUCAUUUGGUACAGAUGCAUAUGAAUCUAUUGGUCGUGCAUGCUCACAGCUUAAGUAUUUCGGAUUGAAUUCCCAUUGGUAUCAAUUGCUUGAUGAUUAUGAAGUACCAGAAGUUGGCCGUAACAAGAAUGCAUUGGCAAUCGCAAAUACAAUGCAUGAGUUGCGCCAUCUUCAGCUUAUAGGGGACUUGCUUACCAACACUGGACUUUUGGCCAUUCUCGAUAAUUGCCCUCACCUUGAGUCCCUUGAUAUACGUUGUUGUUUCAAUGUAAGAAUAGACGGGGAUUUGAGCAGAAGACUUUCCAAAAUCAAAGAAGUCAGGCUUCCCACUGAUUCCACUGAAGACUGUGAUUUUAGUGUUAUGGCUGAUAGCCCUUUUGAUGCUGAUUACUUAUCUGGAUUGUCCGAGAUCGAUCUCAUGUACGAUGAUAUGAUGGAUGAUUUUGAAUAUAAUGUUCUCUCCGACGAUGAAUAUGCUGAUCUUUUCUACUGAGUGCACUCAUCUGUUUUCAGAACUUUCCGUGGGACAUAAGAUUCUUCAGCUUGAGUAUGAUGCCAGUCGUCUUGUUCAUCUGCGACA